GAACAUACGGUCCUCGGCUUACUGCGGCCCUUAGCCGAGUCUGGAGCGUUGAACCUAUCAUCGUAUCCGUGCCCACCACACUUGUAUACAUCCUAUUGCAAUUGGACUCAUAGCGCUCGCUGCAUCAAACCUAUACUGUGAUACUCUCGCCUCAUGAACAAGUUGCAGAGAAAAACUUCAUGCCACGGAGCAAGGUAAAAGUUUGCAGGGCCUAACUAGUAGCACUGAAAAAUAAACUUGUGAUUUCUUGAUCGGGGCCGGCGGCUUGCCAUCGCUCUGGUUCAGUCUGCGACGAUGCAGGGAAUGGCUGUGAGGCAUUUUAUCGAAUUUACACUAGAACACUCGUGUUGCGUUGAAGAGCUCCUAUAAGUACUCCCCAAGUUCUGUCAUUAUCUUCUUACCUUCACCUUCUACACAAACAUGCGAUUCGGGUCUUCAGUCUAUGUUAUUCUCCUCCUCAGUUCAGCAUACGCGUCGAGCUGGUUUGGCUCUGACCCUGAAUAUGACAAAUGGUCCCACUCCGAGCUGCGCUCCUGGCUUGAAGACCACCACAUUAAGGUCCCCUUUCAUUUUGAUCAAUCUCAGCUUCAUGACCUCGUAGUGGCGAACUGGGCUUCUCCUCCCCCUCCACCUCCGUCUUUGGCUGAACAGUGUCAUGCAUACGCUGACGCAAGUACGCAGUGGAGCUAUGAUAAAUAUACUCGUGCCCGGCAUGCAUUCCAAGACUUGAAAGAGAAUUCUUUCGACACCUGGGACGAGAGUAAAUUGAGAGCGUUUCUGCUUGAACAUGGCGUGGUAGCGCCUUCUGGACCCCGCGAUCAGCUCGUUUUGCUUGCUAAACACAAGCAUCGCUCCUAUACCGAUGCCGCAUCAUACUACUCAUCCCUCGUAUCUAAAACCGCCACUUCGGCAUACUCCGAUGCUAGAAAUACAGUAUACGACGCGUCUAACAGCGCGAGCAGCAUCGUAGCUCAGGCUACCCAGGACGUCGGUCGUGCUUUCGACGACAGCAGGGAUUAUGUAUACUCGGCUUGGGAUGAUAAUCAUCUCAGAUCUUGGCUCAAAGAUCAUGGAGUAGUUGGUGCUAGACAGGCUAGCCUAACUCAUGCCGAGCUCAUGAAGCUCGCCAACGACUAUUGCCGCACAGCUGUAGAACCAGUAUGGAAUGUCUGGAGUGACUCGUAUAUGCGCGAGUGGCUGAUUUCGCACAACCUUCUUUCUCCUUCCGAUACUGCAUCGCGUUCUACCUUGCUUGGAGAGAUGAAGAAGUAUUAUUACUCCUUGCAUGACAAGGUUUGGAGUGUUUGGUCUGAUAGUGAAUUGAAGUCUUGGCUCGUCGAGCAUGGUUUUCUCGAGAGUGACGCACAAAAGAAGCGUGAUGAACUGGUAAAGAUGGUCGAGGACAACUACGCUUCCGCCUCCGACAGCGUAUGGGACGCUUGGAACGACUCAGACAUUCGUCAAUGGCUCUCUGAACACGGAUACACUGAUGAUAUAAACUUUGCACAGAAAAAAGCAUGUAACGAUAUAUCUGAGCGCACUGCUGCAUAUCUCAUGUGGCCGGACGCUCGCUUGCGUGCUUACCUUCGCGAGCGUGGUGUUAGCGAAGCUGCACUCCCUACAAAUAGGCCCGGGUUAUUGCAGGAGACUCGUAUUCGCUGGGUCCAGACAACCAAUCGUGCUGACACGAUUUUCACCAAGUUAAAGGAGAUUGUCAAUAGCAGCGUUGGCGCGGUUGAGGAUAGACUGGCCAAAAUACUCGAGCUCCUGAGUGGUCAUCCGCACAGCGCUUCCGAGAAGACUGGUGAUGCCCGUGCUUACGCGGAGGAUAAGAAAGGCAGCGCGUGGUAUUGGUGCCCUCAGAAGGGUGAUGGUGCGAAAGGCAAGGAUUAUGCUGAGUAUGCCAAGAGGAAAGUACAAGGAGCAAGGAUUUGAUGAAAAGGUUGCCGAAAACAUCAAAUGGGGCGAGGAGAAAAAGAAUGAGCUCUAGACGGAAAUGAAGUCAACGAAGUCUCCUGACUGUCAAAACCAUUCUUCGCAUCAAGAAAGUACCUAUGCAGUAGUAACUUUGUAGCAUCAUACACUGUUGUAUUUCUCCAAAUGAAUUAUCAACCUC